AUGUCUAGUGACUCUGCAGCCCUCUCUGCCAGCGAAGAGUGCCUUGUUGCCGGUUAUGUCCUGCUGAGCCCCAUCGGCAGGGGGGCUUUCUCGAAGGUUGUUGUGGCCCGGCACCUUGUGACAGGCACUGAGGUGGCCGUGAAAAUCAUCAAGAAAGGUGGCUUCGCUAAAGUUUCCCAAGAAGCUCAUGUUCUCAUGAGCUUAAAUCAUCCCAACAUCAUCACGUUGUUUCAGGUGAUUGACACCCAGGACCGAGCUUUUCUUUUCCUGGAGCACGUGAGCAGAGGCCACCUGUUUGGCUAUCUCCGGAAAAACGGCCCCUUGGCGGAGGAGGACGCCCGUGCCAAGUUCAGGCAGAUGACCUCGGCGGUGCAGUACUGUCACCGCAAAGGAGUCGCCCAUCGGGACCUGAAGCCGGGGAACAUCCUCCUGGACGGUGAGAACAACAUUAAACUGGCAGACUUUGGCUUAAGCACAUUUUCAGAUGAUAAACUCCCAGUCAUCGGGGGAACCGUGUCCUACGUGGCCCCAGAAGUUUUGCGGUUGGAACCCUGUGACGGCCGGAAGGCUGAUGCCUGGAGCCUGGGUGUCAUCCUUUAUAGGAUGGUGACGGGCAAACUGCCCUUUGAGAGCACCAACUUUGAGGAGCGGAAGCAAAAGAUACUGACUGGGCAUUUCCACAUCCCAGACACGGUAUCCCUGGAAUGUCAGGAACUAUUAAAAAAACUACUGACUCUUGACCCUAGCCACAGGAUAACUGUGGAAGGGGUCAUGGGUGACCAGUGGGUGAACAUUGGCUAUGAGGAGGCCCUGAGGCCAUAUAGUGAGCCACCCAGGGGUGACAUUGACCCCCGGGUGAUAGAAAGAAUGGAAAAGCUGGGAUACAAGAAGGAAGACAUAGAGGACUCAGUGUCCCAAAGAAAAUACGACGAUAUCAUGGGCACAUACAUGAUCCUGAAGAAUACACAAACUAAAAUGGUGGGCCGCACCAUCAGGGUAAGGCCCUGCCCCAACCCUGUCUCCAGCAUCAGUCUUCAUGCAACGCAGGAAUCUCUGUCAUUCGGGCAGAAAUUGGAGAAAUGCUCCAGUCUCCCGUGCUACAUGCAAACAAGGGUGCCCAGUCCCCAGGGCAGGCUGCACAGAAGCUUAAACACCCCCCCAGCCUGUCUGGACGCAAAGACCACCUCUUCCCUACCCAGCCCAGCUCUGCAACGUGGCCCUGGGGGCUCCCGCCUACCAGCUUCAGAGACCGAUGCUGGGACCCCAGGCUCUCCCUCUGGCUGCAGACAUGGCCGGCAGGGAGUGGCAAAGAGGAUCCUUAGGUUCUUUUUAAAAUGCAUUUGCUGUAGGCCAUCCACUGAAAAGCAACAUCAUAAAGAAACAAGAGUGAAACCGAUAUAA